GUAUCGCUGCGAAAGCUUGCCCGAGCACGCUUUCGCUAUUCGGUUAUUUUUGUGCGGUGUCUGGUCUCACCCAGGCUGUGCUCCCACCACGCAUGAACUGAAAAUUGCUCCUGCAAGCGUAAGGGAGCGCACGCUAUGUGGCAAGUCUCGUUUCGAUCGCCGCAUCGGAUCCCAUUCAUUGAUACAACGUGAACGGCGGCAGAAUGAAAGUACACCGCAGGAACAACGAGUACGAGGAAAUUCAAGGCGUACGUGUAGAUAUGGCCGUCUACAAGGAGGUUGUUGUUAUUGGCAAUGGGCCAUCGGGCAUCACCAUGUCGUACUUCCUGGCUGGUAAUUGGCCAUACUACGCACCUGGUGCCUGUCACCCAAACCCGUACCUACAUGCAAGACUUGAAGAUAAUCGAAGUCUUUCCCUUGUUGAACAGGACCUCUCAUUGUUGAGCUCAGGCCUCGAGGGACGCUCGUGCAACCCAGUGUCAUUGCUCUUGGACACCUUGUGCCAUCCCGAUGCUGAUCUUGGCUCUGACGAGCCUUCCGCUCUGAGUUGGGUUCACAAUCCAUCCAAAGCACUGGACCACGUUGUCAUUGGCAGUGGUCCACCAGGAGGCAGUUGGCAGAGGAUGGAUGGUGGCAUCCUCACCAUAAGCCUUGGCUCUUGGAUGGAGCUGCCGGACCUGACCUUCAAGGAGUGGGACUCGUCAAAGCCACUGCCUCCACAAGGCUCCCCCAACUGCCAAAACCGUGUGUCAGUGCAGCGAGUGGCCCAGUACUACCGGGACUAUGUGAACCUCAAGCAUCUACAGCAUUACUUUCGGAACUUUGCCUCCGUGCAGUCUGUGCGGCCUUGUAAAUCUGAAGAUGACCCUAAAGGGGGCCGCCUGUGGGAAGUCAGGGGUGUAGACAAACAGACUGGGGCCACUUUCUGCUAUGUGACACCGCAUGUUGUGCUAGCAGCUGGCCAUUACGAUGCACCAAGGCGACUUGAUGUUCCAGGAGAGGACUUGCCUUUUGUGUCUCAUGAUUUGGGCCAGCUGGAAGUUCUUUUGCGUGACACCAAGAGUUCCAUCAAGAAAUUAGCUGUUGUAGGAAGUGGGUUGUCAGCUGCAGAUGCUGUGAUUGCAGCGCGUUUCCAUGGUGUUGAUGUUUGUCAUGUGUUUCGCAAAAAGGUGGAUGAUCCUGAGCUGGUGUUUAACCAGCUGCCACGGUCUAUGUAUCCAGAGUACCAUAAGGUACACCAGAUGAUGUCCUCGGCUGAGCAUUACCCGGGCUACAAAGCAUAUGCCCAUUGCCAGGUGCGCUGCAUCCACCGUGACGGUCGAAUAGAAUUAGAUUCGCACUCAGAAAUUCGAGAUGUCUCCCAUGUGCUGGUGCUCAUUGGAUCCCACCCAAACCUUGACUUUCUGCCUUUGGCAGGUACACAGUUAGGCCUGGUAGCUGGGCUGCCUGUAGACUGCAGGGCUAACCCAAUUCAAAUUCACCCAUACACUCACGAAACUGAGGCUCUCAAAGGCAUCUAUGCUCUUGGGCCUCUUGUUGGGGACAACUUUGUACGAUUCCUCCAGGGAGGUGCACUAGCUGUGACGGCGCACAUUUGGAGGAAUGUGGGUGGCACCUAAGCCUCUCUGGCCUACAGAAGGUAUGGGAACAAGGCCUCAAAAGCUACAAAAAUCCCUGUGAGCUGGGCUCUAUAGCAAGGAUGGCUCGCAUGUCGCUGCAUGUUGUUGCGUGUGACCAUGUUAAUGGGCCAUUUACCAUGGGGCAGCUCUGCCCUGCCAGGCGUUGCAGCCCAAUCAUGGUACAAAAUGGUUUCUGACCAAUGUAGGAACUAGUCUUUAUUUUUUAUCUAUCUAGUAUGUUUACUGCUGUUUUUCAGCAGUGUUGCUGUGUAGGCCACUGAUGAAUUCGUUUUUUCACUCUUGUGGUUGCCAUUUCAGUUAAAUAGCACAGCGUGACUUUUGUUACUCUUUUAUUAGAAACAUAUUUGAAAUACUAUAGAAUAGGUGCAUGUACCAUUUGUGAUCCUUGUAAUACUGUUUUUAGUUCAGGUUUAUGCUCUCACUAUGACGCAGGUCUGAUAAAAAUUGGAUCACAAUGGUUCUGAGAUACCACCGUGAUAGACAAGAUUACCCCACUUCACUUGUUGUUUGUUAUCAUUUCUAUGUUUAUUUAUUUUUCAUCCAUAUUGAUUUCUAUACACAGAUAGAUUUUGCAAUUUGCUAAACUCGAAAAACAUCCUUUUUGGAAGGCGUUUACGAAUGUGCGUUCUUGUACACAUCACUGGUCUUGUAGUCCUGCAACAUAUAGCUGCACUGUGCAUAUUCAUUGUUCACUGCAAGAUCCUGUACAGUUAUCAUAGGCAAAGUUGCAAGUUGUACUGCGCCUACAUAAAUGUGUUGCAUGGGUGCAUACAAAAGGCAAUCUGCUGACAGUGCCACUUACAAACCAGUGCUCAUUUUCUAUUGUAGUUUCACAAGAAUAUAUGCUGAAUGAGUAUAAGUACGCAUGUAUGACAUCAAUAUUAUAGAGUUUGUUGGGCUGCCCCUGGUAGCUAAAGCAGUUUUUGUUGUUUGUGUGUGUGCAUGUAUGCAUGUGUGCAUGUAUCACAUGCAUGCAUACCUGCACAGUGGGUCAUGUUGAGAAUUAUAUAAAGUGUAUCAUUCCCUAUUUGGUGCUUUGCACUUGGCAAUUGAAUUUGUUCUCUGUGGAAGGAAAAGUAUUUGCCAUUUACUUGAAUCUACACUGGCUGACUUCACUGAGGAUUGUAAUUGCUCUGAAGCUUCUCGUAUCUAGUGUUCGUAUGACCUGCUCAACAUGUAGGAUGUAGUUGCAUUACAUUAUGACAAUUGUAGAUCACUUGUAUAUUGCUGAAACACUUUCCUGGUCAAAUUGUUAUACCUUUAAGCUGAUCAGCAGUGUUAAAGUACUGCAUAGCUUCAAGGAAUACUGUGAUACAAACUUAUAGCGUCAUUUUUAUAGUGUUUGAGUCUGCCUGGAGCUGUACACAGUUCAGUGUGGUACUAGCUGUGACAUUCAGCAGUGGGAGUGACAUGCUUGCAGCCAGCACCAUGUAGGGGAAAAUAAUUUUUUUUCAGGUGCUGAUUAUUAUAUCCACAGCUGUGGCGCAAACAGUAUAGUUGUGAGUGUAGGUUCAUCUAGACCACCUUUACAUCUUAAAAAAUUUUGUAAGUCCCUUUCUUUAGAACAAGAACUGCCCUUCUAGUAUUUGGAUGAAACCGUGCAGAUAAAAAUUUUUGUUUAAGCUAACGGGCUAAAGUGAGCACAGUGGUGUCUAGAUUUAACUUAGCUGUACAUGCAGCUGAGAACAUUGUGAAAUUGUGGACAUUGUUAAAUUAAUGUUCCUGUGUUUUGUCACUCCUGUAGUCCACAUUCAGGAUGAGGUAAUAUCAAUAGAAAUUCAAGCAGUAGGUGACUGAAUUUCAAGCGUGACUAAAAUGCUGUCAUUUUAUGUAGUCACAAGUGCACUACUUGAGCUACAGAAUUUAUAUAACCAAAGCAACAUCGCCAUCCUGCAAAUGUCUGGCCUUCAGUUUUGUGGUGCAACAUGCAGAGCACAUUUUCUCAUCAAAACCUGUCAUACACAUCAGCAUGAUUCACACGUUUUUUUAGCAUAUGCAACACUGCACUUACUAUGCUAAUCACAACAAAACAGAAAAAGGUAUCCCAACAGACAUUAACUGUUGUACGUAUCAAGUUAACUUAUUUUGUGUCUAAAGAAAAUGUCACAGUUACCUUUAACGCCGCAUUGGAAAGUGUUCUUUCCAAAUUGUAACAAAUACCACCUCUCUCCCCCACCCCUUGCCUUUAUUUCCUUGGGACACUGGUAAUGUAUCCCAACCUAGAACACCUGGGUUUGGUGGACUUAUGAACAUAACGCUUCAGCUGUUGCGGUUGCUAGUAAGCCCACAGAUCUCACGAGGCAGUCGUUCUGCAUUUCUUUUUUUAUUUUAUCUGUUUUUCUUUUAGCAUGGAUAAAAUAAAAUCUGAAUGCUCAUGCCA